AUGUUCAAGCAAAUCGCGCUCCUUUCCCUCGCGGUCUCAUCCGCUUACGCCCACGGCUUCGUUCAGGAUGUCGCUGGUGCCAACGGCAUCUCCGGCGUCUCCCUCGGUGUCACCUUCAAUGGUGAGGUCCCCCGUGAUGGUACCACCGAGCAGCCCUUCCAGAUCGACACGCCCGUCAUGAAGGACCUCGUCGGCAACCCCUGCGGUACGACGCUUCUCAGCGGCUCCCUCGACAUCAACGCAGAGAUGGCCAAGAUCUCCGCUGCCUUCGGCGGUCUUCCCUCGAUCCCCUCCAACGGCUCCCUCAGCUUCACCGUUCACCAGGUCAACGCCGAUGGUGGAGGACCUUUUACCGCGGAACUCAACACCGACGCGACCGCCAAGACGUUCACCGCGCUCACCGUCUCGCUCCAGCCCCCUGGUGUGAACGGUGUGCUUCACAACGGCCCCGCCAACUCGACGAUGGUCGUCGAGAUCCCUGCGGGCACCAAGUGCACGGGUGGCACUGACGGUGCGACCUGUCUCAUCCGUCUCAACAACGGUGGUACGACUGCCUCGGUCGCCAACGGUGCCGGUCCCUUCGGUGGCUGCCUCGCUGUUACUCAGUCCACUGCCGCCGCCAACUCUACCGCCUCUGGGAAGACUGCCAACGGCAAGGCUGGCAACAGCAAGGCUGUCAAGGGUGCCUCCCGCAAGGGCGGUCGUCAGCUCCUCGGUCGUCACUUCUACCCCUCCACCCAUGCCCGCCGCGAGGCCAUCGUCGAGAUGGUGGAGAGGCGCAUGAUGGACGUCAUCGAGCGCGAGAUCACCCCCAUGGUCGAGAAGCGCGACAGCCUCUCCCGCGAGAUCAUCGCCAAGCGUGACUUCCUCUCCGCCCAGCUCCUCGACGAGAUCUCCACCGUCGCCGGUACCGCCAUCGACAUCCCCGUUGACCGCCUCGCGGGCCACGACGACGCCUCCGCGACCGGUGGCAACUCGACCGCCGCUGCCGCCGGUGCCCUCCUCACUGAGCAGCAAGCCACCGACCUCAAGAAGGCUCUUCGUACCGCGGUCGAGCAGGCCACCCGCCUCCUCUCCUCCCCCGAGGUCGACGCCGGCGCGUUCGGCCAGAACUCCGACAUCACCGACAAGGCGAACGCUGACUCCAACGCCGCGCAAGCGGCUGGUACCACCUCCAUCAACGCCGGCAACGCGGGUGUGCAAGACCCCAACACCGCGAGCGUCCUCUCUCUCCUCGGCCAGGUCGCCACCGCCAGCGAUGGUCUCACUGCGAGCGCCGCCGCUGCGACCGCUCCCGUCACCGUCACCGUCACCGUGACUGCCGGCGCCGCUGCCGCGACGUCGACGAACAAGAGCAGCACGAAGAAGACCGGCGGAAAGAAAGCGGCCGCGCGCGACAUCUCUGUCGACGGCCUCCGGAUGGUCCGCCGCCAUAUCUAA